AUGGCGUCCCUUCUUACGGACCCGCUGCUGGAAAUCUGUAGCCGAGGACCUCCUCCCAAUAAGAACUUCUACUAUUUAACUGUCACCAAGUCCGAUGUGAAAUGGAGAUGGUGGACGAUAUCUCUGCGAGCUGUGGACAGGAACGCCAAGCCAGGGGAGCUGAAGGAGUCUCACCAGCAGUUCCUGGACAACACCUGGCUGCAGAGUGAGGUCUGUAUGGUUUUCGGCCGUCCAAUCCUUCAGUACACCAAGGCUUUGUGCCAAGGCCAUUUUGAUUAUCUGGACAAGCUGCCCGACUCCUUGCUUCUGCGGAUAAUAAAUUAUCUUGAACUAGAGGAUGUGGGUCAGCUUGCACGAACUUCACAUAGGUUCAAGAAGCUCUGUGGGUCGGAGGAGUUUUGGGAGCAGGCGGUGCGGCGGCGCUGCAACACGGUUCCAGUUGACGUGGAGUCUCUGGCUCUUGAGGAGGGCUGGCGCGAAAUCUUCUUCACCAGCAAGCUGCAGCUGCAGAAGAAGAUCAGCCGCAGGAGGCUGAGGAUCGAGGAGCAACUGGGCAAACAGAUCUCCGAGGAAAGCCCAGAAACAAACCAGAGUUCUAGCUCGGAGGAAGAAUGUCAUCAGGGCCUCGUUGCCUUUGACCACAACCUCCGCUGUGGUGUUGAUCCGGACCUCAGCCCUGAGCCUGAGGCUGCCCCGGAUACCAGUCAGUGA